AACUUUUCUUCCAUGGCUCAGGCCACACUCCUGGAUCAAGCCAACGGGAGAGCUUUCGGUGUGGACCUGAAAACAGCCUCAGAUGAAGAUGGCAAGCACCCGUUGCAGACUGGCCAGAUACCUGGAGGACUUGGAGGAUGUAGACUUUAAAAAAUUCAAAAUGCACUUAGAAGACUAUCCUCCUCAGAAGGGCUGCAUCUCACUCCCGCGGGGUCAGACAGAGAAGGCAGACCACGUGGAUCUAGCCACCCUGAUGAUUGAUUUCAAUGGGGAGGAGAGGGCGUGGGCCAUGGCCGUGUGGAUUUUUGCUGCAAUCAACAGGAGAGACCUCUAUGAGAAAGCUAAGAUGGAUGAGCCAGAGUGGGGUAACACACAGGUUUCUAAUCCCCAUGUGAUAUGCCAGCAAGAGAGCAUUGAAGAGGAGUGGAUGGGUUUACUGGGGUGCCUUGCCAAGCUGUCUAUCUGUAAAAAGAAGAAAGAUUACUGUAAGAAGUACAGAAAAUACGUGAGGAGCAGAUUCCAAUGCAUUGAAGACAGGAACGCCCGCCUGGGUGAGAGCGUGAGCCUCAGCAGACGCUACACACGGCUGCAGCUGGUCAAGGAGCAUCGCAGCCAGCAGGAGCGGGAGCAGGAGCUCGUGGCCAUUGGCAGGACCAAGAUCUGGGACAAGCCCAUGAGUCCCAUUAAGAUGGAAUUGCUAUUUGAACCCGAGUGUGAAUUCUCUGAGCCCAUACACACUGUGGUAUUUCAGGGAGCGGCAGGUAUUGGGAAGACAAUAUUGGCCCGCAAGAUUAUGUUGGAUUGGGCGUCGGGGAAACUUUACCAAGACAAGUUUGACUAUUUGUUCUAUAUUCAUUGUCGGGAGGUAAGCCUGGUGACAGAGAGGAGUCUGAGAGACCUGAUGGUGAGCUGCUGCCCUGACCCAAACCCACCCAUAUGCAAGAUUGUGAGCAGGCCUUCCAGGAUCCUCUUCCUCAUGGAUGGCUUUGACGAGCUGCAGGGUGCCUUCGACGAGCACACAGGGGCGCUGUGCACCGACUGGCAGAAGGCUGAGCGCGGAGACAUUCUCCUGAGCAGCCUUAUCAGAAAAAAGCUGCUUCCCGAGGCUUCUCUGCUCAUCACCACAAGGCCCGUGGCCCUGGAGAAGCUGCAGCACCUACUAUACCAUCCCCGUCACAUAGAAGUCCUGGGUUUCUCAGAGGCCAAAAGGAAGGAAUAUUUCUUCAAGUAUUUCUCAGAUGAAACCCAGGCCAGGGAAGCCUUCAGACUGAUUCAGGAGAAUGAGGUCCUCUUCACCAUGUGUUUUAUUCCCCUGGUCUGCUGGAUUGUGUGCACUGGACUGAAGCAGCAGAUGGAGAGUGGCAAGAGUCUUGCCCAGACAUCUAAGACCACCACGGCAGUCUAUACCUUUUUCCUUUCCAGUUUGUUGCAAUCCCGAGGAGGGAGCCAUGAGCACUACCUUGCUGCCCACCUUCGGGGGCUCUGCUCUUUGGCUGCAGAUGGAAUCUGGAACCAAAAAAUCCUCUUUGAUGAAUCUGACCUCAGGAAACAUGGCCUGCAAAAGGUGGACGUGUCCUCUUUCCUAAGGAUGAACCUGUUCCAAAAGGAAGUGGACUGUGAGAAGUUCUACAGCUUCAUCCAUAUGACUUUCCAGGAGUUCUUUGCUGCCAUGUACUACCUGCUGGAGGAGGAGGAAGUGGAGGAAGAGGAAAGGAUGAGGAAUGUGCUAGGGAGGAGUUCGAAGCUUCCCAACAGAGAUGUCACGGUCCUUCUUGAGAACUAUGGCAAAUUUGAGAAGGGCUAUUUGAUUUUUGUUGUCCGUUUCCUUUUUGGCCUGGUAAACCAGGAGAGGACCUCUUAUUUGGAGAAAAAAUUAAGUUGCAAGAUCUCUCAGCAAAUCAGGCUGGAGUUGCUGAAAUGGAUCGAAGUGAAAGCCAAGGCCAAGAAGCUGCAGAUUCAGCCCAGCCAGCUGGAAUUGUUUUACUGUUUGUACGAGAUGCAGGAGGAGGACUUUGUGCAAAGGGCCAUGAACCACUUCCCCAAAAUUGAGAUCAAUCUAUCCACCAGAAUGGACCAUGUGGUUUCUUCUUUUUGUAUUGCAAACUGCCAUAGUGUAGAAUCACUUUCCCUGGGGUUUCUGCAUAAUACACCCAAGGAGGAAGAAGAGGAAGAGGAGGAAGGUCGACACCUGGACAUGGUCCAGCGUGUCCUCCCAGGUCCUCACGCUGCCUGUUUCCACCGCUUGGUGAACUGCUAUCUCACUUCCAGCUUUUGCCGAGGCCUCUUCUCAGUUCUGAGCACCAACCAGAGCCUAACUGAACUGGAUCUCAGUGACAACACUCUGGGAGACUCAGGGAUGAAGGUGUUGUGUGAAGCACUCCAGCAUCCUAGCUGCAACAUUCAGAGACUGUGGUUGGGGCGGUGUGGCCUUUCCCAUCAGUGCUGCUUCGACAUCUCCUUGGUCUUGAGCAGCAACCAGAAGCUGGCAGAAUUGGACCUGAGUGACAACGCCCUGGGAGACUUCGGAAUCAGACUCCUGUGUGUGGGACUGAAGCAUCUGUUCUGCAAUCUGAAGAAGCUCUGGCUGGUCAGCUGCUGUCUCACAUCAGCAUGUUGUCAGGAUCUCGCGUCCGUCCUGAGCCCCAGUCGCUCCUUGACCAGACUCUAUGUGGGGGAAAACACCUUGGGAGACUCAGGAGUUGGAAUUUUAUGUGAAAAAGCCAAACAUCCACAAUGUAACCUGCAGAAACUGGGGUUGGUGAAUUCUGGCCUUUCAUCAGUUUGUUGUACAGCUUUGUCCUCGGUGCUCAGCAGUAAUCCGAACUUCACACACCUUUACCUACGAGGCAACACUCUUGGAGACAUGGGGGUCAAGCUGCUCUGUGAGGGGCUCUUGCAUCCCAACUGCAAGCUUCAGGUCUUGGAAUUAGAAAACUGCAGUCUUACCUCACACUGCUGCUGGGAUCUUUCCACGCUUUUGACCUCUAACCAGAGGCUACGGAAGCUGAGCCUGGGCAACAAUGACCUGGGUGACCUGGGCGUCAUGAUGCUCUGUGAAGUCCUGAGGCAGCAGAGCUGCCUCCUGCAAAGCCUGCAGUUAUGUGAAAUGUAUUUCAAUUAUGAGACAAAACGUGCAUUAGAAACACUUCGAGAAGAAAAGCCUGAGUUGACUGUUGUCUUUGAGCCUUCUUGGUAGGGAUGGAAACAGGGCUGCUCAAAGAUGACAUGGUUUGGCCCUUACCAUCCAGCUGUCCACAAGUGGAGUGAACCUCAUCCAUCCAGGGUCAAGACCACAGCUCUGUGAUGCUUCUGGUCCAGUGUCAGAGAACAAGAGUUUUCUGAUGAUGCCUUCUUGUAGAGAACCUGAGCAUUUCUUUUACCUCUGGGCAAAGAUACCCUGGCAAUAAAAUCAUGCAGAUAAUGCUGUUCUCAUCACAGUCCCUCAGUCAGAGGGUGUUCCUCCUGGGGACCUCAUGUCAUUAGCUCAUUCACUCAACAUUUUUCUAUCUUUCCUUUUAUCUUCCUACUCUCCUUACCAUUUUUCUUCUUUAUUCUGUUUACUUUUGCUCAGAUCAUCAUUCCUGUUAUCUGACAACACAGAACUAGUUGACUAUAUAUUAUGUUGCAAUUUUUUUGGCAGCUACUUAUUUAUUUUUAAUUCUUUGUAAUGGUUAUGUUUUCUAAUAAGAAUAAU